UGAGUCGGUGACCACGGCGCGAAGAGCGCGCUCGCCGCACCGUGACAUGUAGCGCGGCCGCCGCGCCGCAGCCUUGCGACCACACGCCGGUGGCGGCGCGCCGAUGCGCCUGCCGUCCGGCCCGACGCCCGCGCCGCUCGACUUCCUAGCGCUAUACCGAGCCUCGCUACCGGUGCCGCUCGCGCCUCUCCUCGAGCGAGCCCUUCCACCCGUCUGUAUUGACGACCGUCGUCGGAUGGAACCCGGAGUGCGCCGAUUCGCAUCAAGGUUAGACGAAUAUUUGAAUGUGAGUGUUUGUGCACCGCCCGCCGCCGAUCCUGAGCGCCCUAGCGCAACCUCGCACUUCAGCCGUACGCGCACUCCGCACACCGUUAUUUUAUAGCGGCGGGAGCUAGCUUAGACAUGGGAAGUGAGCACUAUUGCCUGAGGUGGAACAAUCAUCAGAGCAACCUGCUCGGCGUUUUCAGCCAACUGCUACACGACGAGAGCUUGGUGGACGUCACGCUCGCCUGUUCCGAAGGUGCCUCCAUCCGGGCUCAUAAGGUAGUUUUAUCCGCGUGCUCGUCAUACUUCCGUUCGCUUUUUGUGGACCAUCCCUCGCGACAUCCCAUCGUGAUCCUUAAGGACGUGGGCUUGGAAGAGCUCAGAACACUCGUCGACUUCAUGUACAAGGGAGAGGUCAACGUACAAUAUUGCCAACUGCCUGCUCUCCUUAAAACUGCUGAGAGCCUUCAGGUCAAAGGAUUAGCUGAAAUGACGACCCUAAGUGCAGCCGGUAUAGAUGCAAGAAACGUCCCAGAACCUAUGGAGGAAUGUCAACAACAAGAUAUAAGGGACUGCACAGAAACGCAUGAUAGGUUAGAUCUGCGGGAGUCUCGGGAUAAGGAAGAGAGAAGAGAAGGAAAGGAAUGUAGAGAAAUUCGUGAAAGGGAGUGUAAAGAUACCAGGGACAGUCAUAGAGAAGCUCGCGAAACGAGGGAUUUAAGAGAGCAUAGAGAAUGGGAUAGGGAACGUGAGAGAGAGACCCGUGACUUAAUUAGAGACACUCGAGAUACUCGAGACCCACGUGAUCACCGAGAGUCCAGGGACCAUAGAGAAUCGCGAGAAGUAAAAGAUAACAGAGAACCCCGUGAUUUACGAGAAAUAAGGGAUCCGCGAGACCAUCGUGACUCACGUGAUCCCAGAGAGCCACCAGAAGCCUCUCCUCCCAGAAUAUCCCCCUUAUUAUCUGUGCGACGAUUUAGGCCUGAAACCUCAAUCGAGACACCGACCCUGACGCAUCCACCUAUACCCAAAGAUGAACCACCUGACGACCCAAUGCGUCCAUCAUCACCGGAAGAGGACUCAGUGUCUAUAAGGUCAAAUGGAGCCAAUGAAAGCGUGGGUAUCAAUAUGACAAUAAACAGCCAUGGCAUCCUUGGACCGAGAUAUUCACCUGUGGAACAACGGUUGAGCGUUUUGAACACACUACCUCACCCAGGCCUGCCACAUCCGUCACAUAGCUCUCUGUCAAGUCCUAGAAAUGAACCAAUUGCUGGCCCCUCUGGAUUACCACCUGUCCAACAAGUACCUUUGUCCUUAAAGAAAGAAGCUGACUGGGAUAGAAAUAAUGAUGAAAAAGUUGGCGAGCCACCAACAGAAUACAGGCUCCAGCAUGAAUCGAUGUGCUUGGACAUGACAUGCGGUUCACCGAGUUUAGCCAGUCCGAUACCAGCUAGCAGCCCAACAGCACUUCCCCUGUGGUCACCACUCCUCGCCUUGCAGGCAUGUCGCCUUCGCAGGUAUCUUAGCGAUGAUUGUAUGGCUUACCAAAGCCGUCACUUACUCCACUCUGAGAGACGCCGCUGUGGCGUGUGUCUCGCUUCCUUUCCCUCUGCCUGGCUUUUAGAACGUCACGCUGCGCUCCAACACGCGUCCCAGUCUUCUACCGAUGACAAGCCUUUUGUCUGCGAACAGUGUGGGCAAAGCUAUCGAUAUAGAUCCGCCUACGUCAAACACAGAGAGCAAAACCACCGAGCCAGAUUACCUGCAGACAAACUUUUCACGUGCGAUGUAUGCGGCAUGCAAUUCCGAUACCUCAAAUCGUUCAAAAAGCAUCGCCUUAAUCAUACACUCGAAAGACUUCACACAAAAAACACUGAUCCAGAAGUCGAUCAAGUCACUAGUACUAACGAAGUUCUGAUUGGUCAAUGCGGUGAAAUGGACUUGUCGAUGAAGAAGAGAAAUAGAAAUGACGUCCGAACUCCGCCGAUUGAAGUAAUCGGCGAUAUUGAACAAGACAGCACUGUGGACUCCAACGGGCCAACAGAUUCCAUCGUAACAGUCGAUGACUCCAACGACUGUAGGAACUCGAGUGCCGAGAGCGAAACAAAAAGAGAUGAGCGCACAAACGAAAGGAGACGCAAUCCUGUAUCUUUCGCUAGCGUAAGCUCAAUGGCAGAUAGCUCUGAGAACGAGUCGCGUGGCGAUGGUAGUAAACUCGAGAGUUCCAGUUCACAUUCCGGUAUAUUGGGUUUCUUGCAAAACGACGAUAGGCAACGGGAUAGGGAGAGGAGAUUCGCUUGCCCGUUUUGCGGCAAAUGUGUGAGGUCGAAGGAGAAUUUAAAACUGCAUGUGAGGAAGCACACCGGAGAGCGUCCGUUUGUCUGCUUGUUCUGUGGAAGAGCUUUCGGAGGCAAGAGCGACCUUACGCGGCAUCUGCGCAUCCACACUGGGGAGCGGCCCUACCACUGCGAGGCGUGCGGGAAGUGCUUCGCGCGGGCCGACUAUCUCUCCAAGCAUCUAACCACUCACGUUCACAACGCCCGCUGAUCGACGGCGCCGUCCUUUUUUCAAACAUUCUCAUACCUCUAUAGUUAAUGACCGAGUCAUUUUAUAACAGCAAAUCGGAAUAUUUUUUAAAAAUGUUUUGAAUCUUUACACUUUAUUGUGGAUAUAAUUAAGCAGGUCUAAAUAGAAUUAUACCAUGUUGUUUUCUUUUCGGAGUGGUAUCUAUAGUUUAAUAAAUAAUUUUCUAUAUUUAUUCUAUUACAUUUAAUGAAUGAAGAAGAAAAUGAAUGAAUCAUUGUGAAGAAAUAGAAAGGUCUAACUUUAUCACACGUCACACUACAUUUUGCUCGGGUAGAGGGAAGGCUAGUUUGUUUGUAAUGGUCGCUUAUUAAAUUAUUUAUUUAAAUAAAUAAAUUGAACUGAAGAAAAGAGUCUGAGUAGAGUAUGAUUUGGUUAAUUAUAUGGUUUGUUUUCGGUGUGUCAAUUAAUAAGUAGAUAUCUUUUCUACUCACUAAAAAUUGUUUUAUAAAUCUUAAAAAUUAUUUGCGCAGUAUUUAAAUUAGCUACAGCUUAAGAUUGAAAAUUAUUCCAUUGAUGGGAAAUUAGGAAAUUGUAGUGUUGACGAUAGGUAGGAAGAAUGCAAAAAGCUGUGAUUAAUAUGAUUAAGACCAGUCAACAAGUUUUAAAUCAUCGAAAUGUUUUAUGUAAUUUAAAGUAAGUUUAAAUGUCUAGAUAUAAAAUUCAUUAUAGAUUUAAGAAAUCUCUCUGUGCCAAAAUAUGUACCUCAUAAAAUAAACCUUGAAGUAGCUAAAGUAAUUGACAAGAUUGUUUAUACACAUUUUUUUACAUAUAAUGUCGUAUAUGCAGGUUCAUAUUAUAAACACAAUUUGAUAAGUUUCUGUUGUUAUUUUCUUGCAAGAUAAAAAUACUUGCCCGCAUUCUUUUGAUAUUCUGGAAUACUGAACUCCAUUAUAUUUACAUAGUUUAUCGCCAACAUACAAAUACUUGUAAGACAAAUACAAACUGCCGAUAUUGUGAUAUUUCUUUGUAGAUUGUAGACCGUGCACAAGUAUGAUUUCCAAGCAAACGGUUAGGAAGCUGUAAAACAGUUUUAUUUUAUUAAGUUCAAUUAUGGUGAAUUAUCACAUAACCUGGCUCGAAAAGGCGAUACUCCCUCCGCUACGAAGUAACCAUAGCACCACUGCUACUUGCAUAUGCAAUUACUAUAUGUAACUUUUCUGCACAAACUUACUUCGAGCUCGAGGGUCACCUUAAUUCGCCCGAGUAGUAUAUAUUUAUUUUUACAAAUUUGUUCGUUAUAAAUAUUUUCAUACGCUUAAAUAAGAAUAGAUCAAGUAAUACAAACGUAUGUACUUACUAAUGUUUUUAAGAAAGGGAUUGUUAAAAUAUUUUGACGCUCACAAAAAUUAUUCAAGAGACAAUUAGAAGAGAGAUAGAUUCGCUAAGAUAAAUAUUAUUUCAU